UCCAUCUAUCCACUUCCCCGCCCCGCCCCGACCUUAAAACAAUCCGGCCAACCAACCAACCCCACUGCCCGAUCAGCUCCGUCUACCGCAACCCGACGCACCGCCCACGACGGGCCGCCGUCCUCGCGCGCAGGCUCCGACGGCGCGGGGGGCAUGGAGAAGAAGCUGCCGCUGGCGCUGGCGCUGGCGCAGAAGCACGGCGCCGGGGAGCCCGCGUGGGCGCGGCCGUGGCGGUGGGCCAAGACGGCCUUCUUCCUCGUCGCCAUGCUCGCCUCGCUGCUGCUCGUCUGCGCGCCGCCCCUGCUCGUCGUGCUCCUCGACCUCGCCCUCCCGCCCAUGCUCCUCUCCGCGCACCUCCGCGCCGACGCCGGCGCCGAGCCCCCGCACCGGUCCUUCGUGCCGGCCAUGCUCGACCAAGCGCGCGCGUUCGAGUUCCGGUCCUCCCUCGUCGACCUGCCCGCCGUCUCCGCCGCGCGCGCCCUGCUCAUCCUCUGCGCGUACACGGUGUGCGGGGGAGGAGGCGGCGCGUACCUGUGGGUGGUGGCGGCGAGCGCCGCGGCGUCCGCGUCGUACGUGCUGGCCAAGGCGGCCGCCGUGCUGCCGCGCGGCGCCGCGCCGCAGGGGAAGGGCGCCGGCGGGCCGGAGCCGAUGCUCCUGCUCUCCCUGUCGCUCGCGGCCGCGCACCUCGCCGUCGCGUACCGGGCCAGCUGCCGCGAGCGCCGCCGCCUGCUCGUCUACCGGAUCGACGUGGAGGCCGUACGGCUGAAAGGGGGCCACCAGACACCCAAGGGGCUGAAGCAGUGCAGCGUCUGACAUGGUGUUCUCAACUUCUGAUCCGUACUUGUAGUACAGUAGUAGUAGGUGGAGAUAGUUUUUCUUGCUAGCCAAAAUUUUGUCAAGUUAUUAUGCAAAAAUUGUGAGGUCCAUUUGGGAUUGGGAACGGUGCUUACAUGUAAGUGAAGGAGAUACUGUAAAUACGGAACAAACAGUCGUGCUUAGCUCAGUUCGGCCUCCUGCGAUGCAAUUGCAACGAAAUGCAGGACGAGCCGUGUGGCCGACCACCCGUUGUUUUGUGUGCUCAUUCUCAUGCUUUCCUGCAGUUCAAGACUUUCUUAGAUAGUUUCUGUGCCUAUCUAGUGUAUUCACCAUAUUAAGCAAAAGAAGGAUCCAACAAAAAGUUUCUGUGCCUA